AUGUUGUCACCUGUUGUCACCCUGUGCCCCCCCCUCACCGGCGUGCAGCCCCCACUUGCAAAAGAGGCUGCGCUGGAGGAAGCUGCUGGCCCCCACCAGCUGCCUGAUGACGUGCAGCUCCGCCAUGCCCUGCGGGGACACGGGGGGGGGGACAUGGGGCCACACACACACGGUGUCACCCCACCCCAGAGGGGGGGUCCAUGUCCCCCCGCAGGGGUUUCUCCCUCUGAGUCCAACCCCUACAUAUUCAACGGGGACUUCGUGGACCGCGGCUCCUUCUCGGUCGAGGUCAUCCUCACGCUCUUCGGCUUCAAGCUGCUCUACCCCGAUCACUUCCACUUGCUGCGAGGGAACCACGAGACGGACAACAUGAACCAGAUUUACGGCUUCGAAGGGGAGGUGAAGGCCAAGUACACGGCGCAGAUGUUCGCCCUCUUCAGCGAGGUCUUCGAGUGGCUGCCCCUGGCCCAGUGCAUCAACGGCAAAGUGCUGAUCAUGCACGGCGGCCUCUUCAGCGAGGACGGCGUCACCCUCGACGACAUCCGCAAAAUCGAGAGGAACCGGCAGCCCCCAGACUCAGGUCCCAUGUGCGACCUGCUGUGGUCGGACCCGCAGCCGCAGAACGGGCGCUCGGUCAGCAAGAGGGGGGUGAGCUGCCAAUUCGGGCCAGACGUCACCAAAAGUUUUUUGGAGCGCAACCGCCUCGACUACAUCAUCCGGAGCCACGAGGUCAAGCCCGAGGGCUACGAGGUGGCCCACGAUGGCAAGUGUGUCACCGUCUUCUCCGCGCCCAACUACUGUGACCAGAUGGGCAAUAUGGGCUCCUACAUCCACCUGCGAGGCGGCGACCUGCGCCCUGACUUCCACCAGUUCACAGCAGUGCCUCACCCCAAUGUCAAGCCCAUGAUGUACGCCAACACCCUGCUGCAGCUGGGCAUGAUGUGACCCCCCCGCGGCACCCAGGGGUGCCCCCCCUCACCCCCCCCGCCCCCACCGCACCUCCUCCUCCCCCCCCCCAGGGCGUUUUUAAUAUAUUGGAA